AUGUCGUUGUGGGUUGUCAUCGGUGUGUUGGCGGUAUUCGGAUAUCCCAUAUGGACCAUGGUGGCUCUUUAUCGCAACUAUCGGCUUGCCCAAGGCGCAGAUUUACCCAUUCUCAUUAGUCCAGUCAAUCCAUUCAACCCUCUCUGGAUUCUUUCUCGCCCGUACUUGAAUCCACUUCUAUCACGCCUACCAGGUGUAUUGAGUCAAUCCACUCGGUAUAACUAUCUUGGAUGGGCAUGGCGCGACAAGAACUACCUUCACACACUUCAUGGCCCGGCUUUCAUCAUCGUGACACCUGGAGAGAAUCAACUCAUCGUCGGAGGCGCUGACGCCUGUGAUGAUCUUUUCAAGCGCUAUCGAGAAUGGCCUAAAAAUCCAGCAUUCAACGACCCUCUCAACACAUUCGGCCCCAGUGUUGGUACAGCCGAAGGUGACGCGUGGAAGCGUCAGCGAAAGAUCACGACUGCAGCUUUCAACGAGCGGAACAGCAGCCUGGUAUGGAGCGAAGCCGUGAAGCAAGCUAGACAAAUGUUGCACACCUGGGUAUCUACGCGCGGCAACGAAGUUACUAGCACGACGGAGGAUACGAGUUUGUUCGCACUACACGUCCUUACUGGUGCGGGCUUUGGAAUAAGCUACGAUUUCGACAGCUCUUUGAAGGUACCUUCGCAUGGGCACACUGUCAGCUACCGCGACGCAUUGCGAACAGUAAUGGACAAUAUCUUCAUCACGUACUUUAUUGCGUCUGCUGGAGGGCUACCUUCUUUCAUCCUCCCUCAAAAGGCCCGAGACGUUCUCACGGCAGUGAACGAGUUCAGGUCUUAUAUGUCCGAAAUGGUAACGCAGGAGCGUAAUCAGCAUCGAAAAGGCGAGGGCGCAUCUACCGCCAACUUAAUGUCGAGCAUCAUCCGCGCUUCGGACGACGCUGCAAGAGAAUUUGCCGCAGCAAAAGCUACAGUUGAUGCAAGUAAAGCGCCGUCACUUCGUGCAAGCCUAACAGAUAGUGAAAUCUGGGGAAAUCUAUUCAUCUACAAUGUUGCAGGGCAUGAGACGACGGCAGGUGCUCUUGCGUAUGCUAUCGGCUUACUAGCGUGCCAUCCAGAAUGGCAAGAUUGGUUACAACCAGAGCUGAAUCAAGUGUUUGGCAAUGGGUCAGUCAACAAAGACCAGUACCACGAUGCCUUCCAGCAAUUAAAGCGGUGCCAUGCUAUCAUGUACGAAACACUCCGUUUGUAUGCCCCUCUGAACGGAAUCCCGCGGCAUACUGGUUCCUCAUAUCAAGUUUUGAAGUUAGGAGCCUCAUCACAUACGAUUCCACCGAACACAGCAGUCUUCAUCAACAAUGCGGCUGUGCAAGUUGAUCGAGAAAUUUGGAGCUCGGACGCACUUGCCUGGCGCCCAGGUCGCUGGUUGCAAACUCAAACUGAAAACCCGAAACAUACUGCCCAAACUAAGCCUGAGAGUGCAGACACUCCCAUUGCGCCUGUGGAUAAAGCAUAUAUCCCUUGGGCAGCUGGACCUCGUGUCUGUCCCGGCAAGAAAUUCAGCCAGGUCGAAUUUGUCGCUGCAAUUGCCGUGCUCUUUCAUCAGUAUCGUGUCACGCCCAUUGUGGAUACAUACAAUGGUGAGACGGAGGCCUUUGCAAGGGAACGAACCAUGCAAGUGCUUGCAGACUCUGAUAUGGCAUUGGCGAUGAGGAUGAACCACCCCGAAAGGUUGAGGCUAAGAUGGGAUAAGAUAUCUGGGAGUUCGUGA